GACGGUAGACAGACCGCGCAUGGCCACCAGUCGCGCCUCGCCCCGCACGCCGAGUACAGCACGCCGUUCCCUGCGCACCUUGAGAGAGACAGACGCACAUACACACACACAGGCACACCCAGACACCCAGCCAACCCACACACACCCUUACUAGUGCUUCCUCCCUUAACUAGGCUCCGUAAGCAAGUCCUAAGUCAGGGAUCACACUUCUACUUGCCCAUCAGCCGUUCGGCGUCUCCUACCGGGCCUUCUGCGUGAGUUGGGGCUGUGAAGUCUUGUCAAGUCAAGCCCGUGUCAGUAUUAUUAGUCUUAGUGCGUCCAGAGUGACCCCCGAGCGCCCUUCCUCAGCCGUGUUCCCGUCUGAGCGCCGCAUAACCCCCCCUAAGAACUAGGAAGACGGCGACGCUUGCUGUAACGCGGCGGUCAUGGCGGAGAAGAGCAAAUACAAUAUCACAUUCGACGAUCGGGAUCUCGAUGAACAGGAGGAGUGCGAGGCCGUGGAGGUGAGGGGGAGUAACAACGGCGGGCGGCAGAGAUGGAACCGCCAGAUCGAGUUCAUCCUCUCCUCCCUCAGCUACGCCGUUGGGUUGGGCAACAUCUGGCGCUUCCCGUACCUCUGCUACAUGAACGGCGGCGGCGCCUUCCUCAUCCCGUACGGCAUCAUGCUGGUCGUGUGUGGCUUGCCGCUCAUGUUCUUCGAGCUGUGUCUGGGACAGUUUGGCCGCGAGGGACCCAUCACGGUGUGGAAGAUAUGCCCGCUCUUCCAAGGCAUCGGCUACGCCAUGUUCAUGAUCAGCUUCUAUAUUGGCUGCUACUAUAACGUGGUGCUGGCCUGGGCCAUCUACUACAUCUACUCGUCAUUCACGCACACCCUCCCAUGGACCUCCUGUGGCGAUGAGUGGCGUUCAGAGUACUGCAAAGAGUUCAACUCCCGCAACUGUUCCCUCAACGGAGGCAUCAUGAACCUGACGGGCGCGUGCAUCCUCCCCAACAUGACCACGCUGGAGGAGUGGGACAGCCUCAACCACACCACCAGCCUCCUCAAGAGCCCUGCCAACGAGUUCUUCCAUAAUCAUGUGCUGGACAUCACCGAUGGCCUGCACGACUUGGGUGGCCUGCAGGGAAACAUUGUGCUGGCCCUGAUGGUGGCCUGGAUCAUCGUCUACCUGGUCCUCAUCAAGGGAGUAGAGACGUUUGGCAAGGCCGUGUACUUCACCGCAACAUUCCCGUACUUGAUCCUGAUUGUGCUGCUGGUGCGGGCAGCCACCCUGCCCGGCUACAUGGACGGCAUCAACUUCUACCUCACGCCCAAGUGGGACAAACUGUUGACGGCUGGUGUGUGGGGUGAUGCUGCCAUCCAGAUCUUCUUCAGCCUGUCUCCAUGCUGGGGCGGCCUCAUAACACUUUCAUCCUACAAUAAGUUCAACAAUAACUGCUACAGAGAUGCGUUUGUUGUGUCCAUCGGUAACUGCCUCACCAGCUUCUUUGCCGGCUUUGUCAUCUUUGGCAUCAUCGGGUUCAUGGCUCACGAGCUGGGCUUGCCAGUGGACAAAGUGGCUGUGCAAGGAGCGGGCCUGGCGUUCGUGGCUUACCCCGAGGCCGUGGCCCGCCUUCCUCUGUCACCGAUGUGGUCCAUCUUGUUCUUCGCCAUGUUGCUGACUCUGGGUCUUGGCACGCAGUUUACUAUCCUAACCACCAUCAUCACCACCAUUACUGAUGACUUCCCAGCCCUGCGUGGCAAGAACUUCAAGUGGGCCCUCCUAGGUGUCUGCCUGCUCAUGUACACCGUGGGUCUGUCCAUGGCCACCAAGGGAGGCAUGUACGUCCUGCAGAUGAUGGACUUCUACUCUUCCACCUUCUCUGCUUUGAUGGUGGGAAUGUUUGAGGUGGUUGUCGUGACCUGGAUUUAUGGUGUUGACAACUUCCUGGAUGACAUCAAGAAGAUGCUGGGAUUCUACCCCUACCCCAGAAUACUCUGGAAGUGUGUCUGGAAGUACAUCAUGCCUUGUGUGGUUCUGACCAUCUUGGUGUUCACCUGGCUGGACCUUAAGCCAGCAAGAUAUGGCGACUAUGAAUUCCCUUACUGGGCCAACGCCAUUGGCUGGGUGCUGUCCUUCUCCUCCGUCUCCCUCAUACCCAUAGUGGCCAUCGUCAAGAUCCUUCAGGAGAAAGGCUCCCUGCUCGAGCGGCUGAGGAAGCUGGUGCGGCCGCUGCCCGAGUGGGCACCACCCCCAGAGGUGUGCAUCAGGCCAAAUGACUCCUUUGGUGCUAAGCCGCUGCUCAAAGUGACCUCUUUUGAUGAAGAUACUGGAAACAAGAUAUAGACAAACCUCAAGAUCAAUGCAUGAAACACAGGGAAAGUUGCUUCAGCAGGAGGUGCAGCAAAGAAUGGUUGUGUUCCUUAGGAAAAGUUAAUCCAGCACCAGAAGGUACAGCAAAAAAAAUCAUCCGUACCUUCAGCCAACAGAGCCCUGUGGAGUUCCAAGCCUACAACCCAUCUGGCUAAGAAUCAGCUGCAUUAGUGUGCAAACACCAUUUUGUUUACAUGGGAAUAUGAGGAACAUGGUCAGGCAGGUGCCCUCGGGCCAAACACAAGCUCACUGAACCAUUGCGUUCCCCCAAGCACUAUUUUCUGGAAACAAGCUCAACAAUCUAAGACACAACUGGGAAAAUCUUUAGAAGCAAUAAAGUAAUGCCAUUUCAAUGAUUGCAAAGCUUUAUGAAAGUUUUUCUCCACUCCUGUUUUCCGGCACUCAUCUGACUCUGUUCCUAUUUGCCUCAUGUGUGAUAAUACCAUGAUGGUAAACUUUUCUCUGGGGUGGAGAAUAGGCACCAAAGAGCUCAUCUGCUGCAGUAUGGGCAGCAAUCUCACAAAGUAAUAUAGUAGUAAUGUAUUUGUCUUCCUGUACUAUCUGUUGUCUUUGUUAUAGUUUUGAGCAACUAGUUGGUACAUUCUUUACUUUGAAAAUGUUUCUGAACUUGCCCUCAUAUUUGCACUCAUUAUGUCCAUGCUUAGCCUGAUCACCUGCAAUAGGCCCAGAACACUGUGAGACUAGCUAAAACCGUAGUCCUCAUAAACUAAAGAUUCCACAAAUAAAUUAUUCUAAUAGCUAUAUUAUAAAUACUGUGUGCUAUGUUUGAUCAAUAAACUGUCAAGUAUAUUCAUAAGGUGUUAGCAAACCAUACCCUUGUUGGUAGAUAUUACCCUAAACACUAAUUAUUUAUCAUGUAAUGCAUGCAGACGGGUAUUUAGUUAAAGUCGUGUAAGUACUCUUACUUCUCUUGAACAGUUCUUGUAAUUCCAUGAUGUUUGUACGUUAGCCUGUCAGGGGCGUGUCAGCCCUGUAUUUAACGUAACCAGUUGCCACACUGAUGAUAGUUUUGUGAAAGCUAAGUCCCGUUAUUCUGUGCAUCAUUCUAUGUAGGGGAGUGUUCACCAAUACCACAAGUACAAGUCAGACUUUUGAGAUGCUAGGAGUUUUUUGGGAUAAAUACUGAAGGAAAUAACUAACUGACUGUUCAUAGAAUUUAGCAACAUCUUGUAUCCUUGUAAUUAUGUAUUAGUAGCAUAUGCUUCAUUGUUUCAUAUCUAUCUUUGGUUCUUAGUGCAAUUAUGGGCUCAGCAUCACCUGCACAUCUUUUGUUAUUAGCACAUUUAGGCAGCAAAGCACAUCCUGAGGAAAAGUGUCACAGUUGUCCUCAGUAGGUUGAGCUCCUGAUGUCUGACAGCUCUGACAAGUACUCAAGGGGCUUGUGAACAUUCCAUAUCCUUAAGUGUCUAGAGAACAAAUAGUCUGGUCAUGACAUAGGUACAAGGACAUAUUUUUCUUCAAAGACCUCUCCAAAAUGCUGCAUACUUUUAUACCUUCUUAUGGACUUUGUGUCAACAAAUAACUUAGAUAACUUUUCAAGGUUUACACUUGAGACUUUCUGGUAAGCCAUCAUAAUCUAGCGACCAUAUUUUUACACGACCGUAAUAAUAUGAAGACUAUUUUUUUACAAUUAAUAUAUUCCAUAUUAACUUUUCAUGAUUAGAAAAGUUAACAAUGAAGGUGCAAUGUUUGCAUUUUCUUGUCUUGCUACUUCAACUUGUUUCACCAACGUGGGUGGCUCUGGUACCUAAAUUUGAACACUGCACUGGCACAACACAGGCACUCAAAGGAAAAUUUGUUUGACACAAACUUAAAAGAAGCGUAUAAGUUUGCACCAAUGGAGUAUUUGUAAGAAUGAGGCAGACAUCAUGCCAUGAAAGGUCAGUCAGCAUCAGUAUUUGAAGUGGUUGAAUAGUAUGACUUUAGGAGAUGCAUUGUUAUGACACACAUGCCUGUAUGGUGAUGAGAUCUUGCUGACCAUACUCUGUGUGUGCUGCAGAGACACGCUCAUGCAGAACAAUGCAGGUGCUCAUUGUGUAAGAUAUCAACUCUUGGGAGUUGAAAAUUUAUUAUAUUUUAUUAUCACAGUUUAUGAAUGAAUUGAAUGUUAGAGCAAUUAUUUUUACUAAAAACAUCAGAACUGCAAAAAAUGAAUUCAUUUGCAUGUUGUUCCCUUGGGCUGAAACACUGGUGGAGUGAGUCCCUGCAGUCCUGCGACACCAGUGCUUGGCUCUCAGGACACAAUGUGCAAUGUACAGUUUUGAUGGAGCUAUGAAGAGAGAAAUCUUGGUGUACAUACAGUGCUUCCAGGAGUUCCAGAGGCCAACUUAGUAUGUGUAACUAAUCCAUGCAUUUAAAUAUAACCACUGAUUUUUUUACAGAAAUAAAGGAAAAAACUCAAGCUUGGUAUAGUUACAAAACCAUGCAAAUUGCAAUGAACUGCAAUAAAUUGCAUCUAAAUUUAUCAAUAAGUGAGUUCAUUUUGACACAAUGCCACAUUGUAUGAUAUGAUACAAGGCCCAAUUUAAUGUAUUUUGUCAUUCUUGACUAAUAAGUCUAGCAUUCAAGUCUUGGUUCAUAUGCAGAGAAGUCCAUUAAUCAAUUGUAGUUCACCUUUCACUGUGGCUGCAGACUGACUUCAGCAGCCGACUCACUGAUAGCCAUUCACUUAUUCUCAGAGUAAAGAUACAUUUUUUUGGCUCCCCGGCCACAAGUGAAGGGGUUGGCUCAGGAGCAAGUCUUUGUCAGGCAGAGAAAAGAACUUAAUAAUAUUAUGUUGAUGAAAUUUGUUAAUAUUACUUUCCUGUGCCACAUUAAGAUGGAAAGAUUAAAGACAGAGAAUAGAGUGAUAGUUGGAAAUACAUCUCUGGAAACUGGAGUAGAUUUCUGUAUAUCAGUGCAGAGGAAAAGAAUUUUCAUGGCUCUUGCCUUGUGUCUAUGAAGGUACACUUGCAUGGUUUGUGAACAAGGAGAUAAAGGAGACUAUGUUUUGGGAGCGUGAAAACCCCUUCCACUGUGUUUUUUGAGUGACUUGUGUCAAUGUGACUAGUUAUGAGUGAGAGCAGUGCAGCAACACAUUACACUGUCCUUGUUAUAUUACUUAGGGAAGAGAAAGUUCCCAUGUGGCUGUCAUAUCACCAUUGUGUUUACCUCCUUUCCCCUGCUGAGCAGGGUGAGAGCCCACCUGAGAAACAAGAACAUGGGGCAAACCAUUAACACACACACACACACACACACACACACACACAGUUAUUCAUUCUGCCACGUGUGCCUGACCCAACACACAAGGGGUAAAAGAGAUGGUUCUGAGUGUAACCUUUUUGAGAAAGGUGUUCAGGAGGUUCUUAGUUCCAUGGCCAGCCCUCUGAGGCACACAGGGUCGCUUGCACCACAUAAAGGUGAGCAAUGGGACUGCUAUUUCCUGAUGACAUGUACUUAAGAAAAUACAUGUUAUUUUUUUGUGUGUGUGUCAGCUGUUGUUUGUUUAGAUGAAGGGCAGAGCCAGCAAAGCUCAUGUACUUUUCUGCAUAUUUACUAAAAUGUUCUGUGAAAUAUGUGAUACAUUGUACUAUAUUAUGUUUUUUUGUUGAUGUAAAUAUCUGUAUAUCAGCAUGUACAUAAUCCUUAUUAUUUACAUGAUACAAAGCACUUUCAAACUGAAUUUGCAACAAUAUUUAAAUUUCAGAUCUUUAGAGAAAUUACCAAAACAUGAGUUAUAAUAAGAAUAAAAACUAUCAUUAUCUACA